AUGGAUCGAGACCAAAAACCACCCAUCGAUGAGGGCGUGCAGCUCUUGGACAUCAGCACCAACUCGCUCCCACCUGAGCCAAAAGAUGCGGAGGAGGUGUCCAGCCAGCAGGACAAACCACCGUACUCAUACGUUGCGCUCAUCGCCAUGGCCAUCAAAGACAGCCACGAAAAACGACAAACUCUGGGCGGAAUAUACAACUACAUCAUGAAUCAUUUCCCCUAUUAUGAGAAGAACAAGAAAGGUUGGCAGAAUAGCAUAAGACACAAUCUGUCUCUGAAUGAGUGCUUCGUCAAAGUCCCCCGAGAAAGUGGAGCGGACAGGAAAGGCAACUUCUGGAUGUUGGACCCCGCAUUUGAGGAUAUGUUUGAGAAGGGAAACUACCGGCGGCGGAGGAGGGUAAGGAGACCUUAUGGAGCACCGAGUGUGAACUACAUGACCGGAAACUCCACGGAGCUGCCCAACUCGCUCUAUCUUGAGCCAUUUUUGAGCGCCUCUUGGGGUCUUUGCAGUCCAGGCUCCCAAGCCGCAGGAUAUCCAUUCUGCCCAUCUCCCCACCUCUACCACUCUCCAUACGGUGUUUACCAUCACCACCCAUCCGUGCUGGUCCCCCACAACGUAUGUCCUUACAGCGGAGUGACCCCGCCAAUGAGCCCCGAGGGAAGCGCCGUGCCUGUGGCGUGCAGCCACCAGCAGUUCCCUUCAUAUGCGAGACAACUGGAGGCACCGAUCGCCCAGUCAUUUGAGCAGUAG